AUGUCCGGAACCAACAAGGCCAACCCGUCAAUCUCGGGAGCAGUGGAGUCCUUGUUCAAAAUUCGGAAUGCUGAAUUGGUUCCUUCACAGGAGUUCAAGUGGAAAUUUGUAUUGGAUGACUGGGAAUUUCAGUACCCAACUAUUGCAUCUAAUCCCUUUGGAUCAGAGGAUGAGACUGACAGAGGGGAAAAGCGAAUCCAAACUUCAUUUGGCCUGUUCAAAACUAAUGGUGUUAUGGCCAGUGAUGAAUAUGGGGGCAAGUUCCGGCGCUUCAAAAUCAAAGCAUACGGGAGCAUGAACAAGGACGAUACAGAGGCUGUCAAGGCGCAUCUGGAGAAGGGAGGUAUAAUGGUAGGCAGCUUCAGAAUAUCCCACAACUACUUCAGCCUAAGUCCUGGGCAAGUGUACGUCUACGACACUGACAAGGCAAUCACGCACGACAAGUCGGGCCUGCCGGCGUCGCACGUGGCGAUGAUGAUUGGCAUCGGCCACCGGCUGACAGCGUCCAAUCGCUUCAGCCGGCACAUGGUGAUGCAGAACAGUGAGGGCAAGCUGUUCGGGACCAACGGCAUUGGUAGGAUUGGGAAGAGGCAGACGCUCAGGAAACUCUACUGGAUCGAGGUUGAGGGGGUGGAGCCGAGAGCAGCGCCUACCACCACCCCACGCAAGCUCCGACGCCACCGCUGCUACUACCGCCGCCGGGCAAGGAAGGAGAGUGAUGCGCAGAGCGAAGCAUCGUCUGCUGGUAUCUGUGAUGUGAUGCAGUGGGCGUAGAGACGCCGAUGGAGAGACUUGUUAGCUGUGCUGCUGACAUUUGCAGUAGCAUAGUUUUUGUAGAGCAUGCUGUGUAGAGAUUGUUGCUGCGUUUUGGCCUUUUGGGAGUUGGUGAGAGAGAGAAAUGCUGCAGCGCUCGCAGACAUAGUCGCAGAACAAAACUCUCGGCUUCAGCCAUGUUGGUGCAGGUUAUUCAUUUCUGAACAUGAUAGAUGUCCAAAACGCCUUUAACUCUUCUUUUUUUUCCCCUGGUGAGAUGAGCAGCAAAGACAUUGAUAGAGCAUUUACAUAUUUAGUUGC